GUUAUAUUGUCAUCACUAUCUAAAUUUUAGAAAAAGUAUUUUAAAAAGGUGGCAACGAAUUGUAAACAAACGUGCAAUCUGUUUUUGUUUACAAAUAUUUUAUUUAGUUGACACGGGGAGUUGUUUUCAACAUUUGCAAGAUUUGCAAAAUGCUGGAGGAUUUACAACAAUUAUACGAAAUGCACACUGAAGAGUUGGAGCAUGUUCAGAAGAAUAUUACUAAGUAUCUGCUUAAAAUUGAUAAAGUGUAUGAAAAAAUUAGUAAAAACAAGAAAGCGCUAGAUGAACGGAAUACAAUCGCUUUGGUGGCCUAUGACAAAUUGUUCACAAUUCUUUCAAACAUGCUUGAUGUUGCGCGUAAAUUUAAUUUUCAUUUACUAAUAAAUGAUCUGGAUAAAAAAUCGGCACGUACUUUGUUUGAUGAGUUGGAUUUAUGUGAGCAGAAAACACCUUUCAACGCAAAGCUGAACAUGAACGAGGAACAACAACGUACCACAAAGUGGAAUAAACAACUUAGCUACGACUAUAACAAUAUUUCCAUACUACCAGCUGAAGAAAACGACAAUUCAGACUUGGACCUGUCCUAUUUGGAAUGUUCAAAAAAAGAUAUUUCUAAAUAUACCGUUGGCAGUUUGGUAAAAGCCUCUGUCACUUAUAUACUAGACUUGGAUUAUUUGCUUUUUUAUAUAUGUGAUGCAGAAUCUACCGAAUUUGAACAAAUUGCAAAUUUAAAAAGUAUGAUCCAUCUCAAACAAUAUACUGGAAUUCCACCGCAAAACGAAGUUUUUGGUAUAGUGCUUGACAAUACCAUACUACGAGCUAAACGUAUAAAAUCAAGCGAAAACAAACAACAAAUUUUACUACUGGACUUUGGUGAAACAUCCACAAUAACCGACUCAGACGUGACCUAUCGUUUACCAAAAGAAAUACAAAAUAUACCGGCACAAGCAAUUUUAUGUAAAUUUGCGGGUAUAAAUGGUCGAAAGAAUGUACCACAUGAAGAGUUACAAACCUGUUUACAGGAAUUAGAAUACGACAGCAGCACCUUUAUCAUAAAAUCUAAACAGGAUAGAGAGUGUACCCUGGACCUGGAACUCUUUAAAGAGGUAUCAACAAAUUCACCAACGUCAUCUUCAUAUGCUACAACGAAUAGUAAAGAGUGUGUUGAAAAAAUAGUAAACACGAAUCCAUUUAAAAUCACUGCAGAUUUUACCAUCGAUGACAAUGAUGAAGCUAUACCUUUAUGUGCUUUAAACAAUAAUCCAAUAUUUGCCGAAGGCAAUGAUCUUCGAAAUGGUUUGACAAAAGAUGAGAUGGAAAUGUUGGCUGAAGAACCGCUCAAUACAACCAACGCAAUGAAAGCGGUUUUAGGCUACAAUCCAAAAGAUGAAAAACGUCUUUGCCGUUUUUAUGAUCCGAGAAUUGGUGCUUGUUUUAAGGGCGCCAAUUGUCGGCAAGAACACACCCCAUUGCAACCAGAGGGAUGGACUAAGGAUAGUAUACCAGCGGGAACUAUAAUUGAUGAUUAUACGCCAGUGACUCGUUAUACUGCCGGUCUUAUGAUAAAUAUUACAGUUACCCAUGUUGGACAAAUUGAGUAUCUGUACGCGCAAAUAAAUGACCCAGAAAAUAUAAUGGAGCCUCUCAUAUGGAAUGACGAUGAUGUACCGCAAAGUAUGCAUUUGACUAAACCACCGAUGUUGUAUGACUUGGUUCGUGCCCAAUAUGAAGAUGGGCUUUGGUAUCGCGCUAAGAUUAUGAAUUUUGACGAUUCUGGUAAAGUGUUCAAAGUAUUUUAUGUCGAUUAUGGCAAUUAUCAAAAUGUCUGCCUACAGCAAUUGGCAUACUGUGACCGGUCUACGGAGCAUUUUCCUUUUCAGGCAGUGCUAUGUCGACUGGCAGAUAUUAUGCAAAAUCAUGAGGCAUCUGCUGAUUUGCGUGAGGAUGGUAUUCGUACCUUAAAUGCACUAAUUCUCAAUCAUUCGAUGGAUGUCAAGGUUGUAAAUCAUGAUGACGAUUUAAUAGUUAGGUUCAUGGGCGCGCCAUACUCCUCAAUUCCAAAGAGGCUAAUUGCGAUGGGUUGCGCCAAACAAUUCCAUUCAAAUGUAUCUAAUGAUACAAGAAAUACUUCCAACACCAAAAAGUUGUGAUUCAUUUAGGUAAUAUGUAAAGUUGAAAGAAAUCCGUUAAUUUUUCCUCUUUCAGAUGCGAACAGUUUUGGUUUAUGUUAAAUAAAACUUUCAAAAACGAUUGAACUUCCAUAACUCAAAGUUCACCAUAACUAGAACUCUUGAAUUGGCAAUAGAAGUCAAAUUACCUUCCUAAGCUCGGAAGUCUCUCUAUCUUAAAAGUUUUUUGUAGAUUAUGUUGAUUUGAGUUAGGAAAGUUCAACUGUAAAUGAAAAAUAAUGGAUUUCUUUUUACUACAUCUCUUAUAUAUACAUAUAUCGUAUAAGAGCUGAUGUAGAUUUGAUGACUAUAUUUAUUGAAAUCAAAAAGUAUAAUAAAUGUAUUA